AUGGGCCUCGCGGCGGCGGUUCUCUUCGGGUUGCAGGUCCUGGCGGGGUGGAUUGCGCUGCAGUGCGCGCUGGACCGGGUGGGGGAGCGGGUUGCGCGGGUGCGGCCUGUGGUCGCGGCCAUGAAAGUCAUCGACAACUUCGCACUGGUCGCGGGGACGACGUUGUGCGCGCUGCUUGUGCUGCUGCCGUCGUUCGUCUUCGUGGUGCUCGAGGUCUUCCGCUUUGUGCAGGUGCGCAGCCGUGGGGACGGGAAUGACUCGCGGGAUGAGCAGCGUGGGGGAGAUCCGAGCAAGACCAUCACAGCGCAUAUGGAGCGCGUCGUGGGUAUUGUGGAUGAGCUGGAUGCAAUGGGUGAGAGGAUGAGACAGGCGGCGCUGAGUCUGAAUCUGGGCGAGGCCCAGGUGAUCGAAGAGAAGUAUGAGGCGGUUGCCACGGCCGAAACGAAGGCGGCGAUACUCUCCCAAACAUGCGGCAAUGUCCUGCUCGCUGUCUGCCGGCACAGCGAGACUAUGGAGAAACUGUAUUCUGCAAUGUCACCGGAGGAGGUUGAUGAUCUUAUAUACUGCGACUGUGAUGAGUUUGAGGUCCGCGCCGAAAAGGUUAUAUCCCUCAUCCAGAUCCUGAAAGAAUGCAUGGAGCGCCAAACAGACCUUGUGAAGACGGUGGAUGAUUUAUACCCAAUGAUUCCAACUGUUCCUGUCGGUGUCACCAGCCCAACUUCCCACUCAGCCCUCAAGCCUAUCGACAGCCCGAUGAUUGGAACAACACGUGGUUGUAUCGAAGACGAAAUUGACGACAGCGGUUUCAUGGAAGACUGA